AUGGAUCGCAACAGCCAAUCCCCUGGCCUCGGCCCUCGCCAUGAUGCUUCGUCAAGAGUGCAGAAGCCAGAGUCUGCUGCGGAUCGGAUGGCUGCACUCAAGGCACGUGUUGCGGCAGCUAUUGGAACCAGCAAAGCCAAGGGUGGCUUGAACGUUGGACUUCACCCUGCUUUGGAAGACUUGGGAUCAUAUAAGCCGUCAAGCAAAUCGAAGGAAUCAACACCUACACCCACGAGCGGACGGCCAGACAGGCCUCGAUCACAAGAUGCGUUUAGAACGGCUUCGGUUGGUAGGGAGAACGGAGAAAACCCGUACUUCGAUCCAAAUGCUUCAGCACAACCAGGUGGAGGAAAGGCACGUCCGUCUCGAUCGCUUGAGAUGAAUCAGAAGGGCAAAUAUAUCGCUCAAGGCAAUGCCAUACGUCGACAGGCCGCCCUCGAGGCGAUGAAGAAGCGAAUUGCGGAGCAAACUCGAAAGGCUGGCAUUGACGACGAUCUAGAUGUGGAAAGAAACUUUGUAGUGGAAGCACCCCCAGCUAUCGAGUGGUGGGACGAAGCAAUUGUCGAAGGCGAAAAUUACGAUGUAAUUGAUGAUCGCUCUAAACUCAAACUCACUCCGCCCGACACCAUCAUUACCGAAUAUAUACAACACCCUGUUGCUCUUGAGCCCCCUCAAGAUGGACAUGUCCCUGCUGCUAAGCCAAUGUUCCUGGUGAAAAAGGAACAGAAAAAAUUGAGGCGACAGCGGAGAAUGGCCGAGUUGAAGGAGAUGCAAGCUAAGAUUCGUUUGGGAUUGGUGCCAGCACCUCCUCCCAAAGUCAAGAAAGGGAACCUCAUGCGAGUCCUUGGUGACGUUGCUGUCAAGGAUCCUACCGCUGUCGAAGCACGUGUAAACCGGGAAAUUGCAGAACGCCACCAGAAGCAUGUCGAAACAAACGAGGAAAGGAAGCUCACUAAGGAGCAGAAACACGAAAAGUUGGCAUCAAACCAACAGAAGGACGCCGAAAAAGGAAUUCACAUGCUGGUUUUCAAGAUUGGCAGUUUGGCGAACGGACAACAUCGAUACAAGAUCGGCGUGAACGCUGAACAAUUGGCACUCACAGGAACAUGUAUCAUGCACCCCAAAUUUAAUCUGGUUAUCGUUGAAGGAGGCGAAUGGGGUAUCAAGAAGUUCAAGAAGCUUAUGCUUAACCGAAUCGACUGGACCGAGAACUCGCCGUCAAGAGACCGAGACGGAAAGCAAGGUACCACACGCGACUGGCUUCUCGCCGAAAAGGACAACGGCGAGCUCAAAGACAUGUCGAUGAACGAAUGUAAGCUCGUCUUCGAAGGUGAAGAAAAGGCACGGGCAUUCAGAAAAUGGGGCAGCAAGGUCUGUGAGACAGAUUCUGAAGCGAGAGAUGCUCUGGCUCGAACAAAGAUGGACAAUUUUUGGCAACUCGCGAAAGGCUUCGCUUAA